CCCACACUAAACUCUUUUUCAAACAUGAUGCGACUGUGCGAGACGCCGAGAGGUUAUCAUCACGUUGGUUGAUGAGCCUCCUAUCUUGGACGGAACGAGUUAGCCAAGGUGGUAAGAGGGGUUCCUGAAAGCGGGGAGUGAUGAUGCCGCAUGACCUUUGGGUCAUUCCCUUUGAAUUCUUCACUGUCAACAAGUCUCGAGAAUCGCGGCAAUUGCCCCCCUCGCUCAAUUUGUCGGAUGAUGACCUCAAUCCAACAACCGAUUUGACAAUAUUCAGGGCCGCGAAGGAAUCGCUGCUUUGCUCUGGACGCUCGAUCAACAACGUCGACCCUGGAUCAGCACAUGCACUGUACCGCGACUCCGCAUGCCGUGUUGUUUCCUUUGCAGCUCUGCUUUUUUGAUUCAGACUGGCCCUAUCUUUUCAAAGGUUAUCUUUGGGCCUCAGAGAAAACGAAGAAGAAAAGGACCCGAUCCGAUCCACGUAGAAACAGGUCCCACGCAUGGCACCUCCGAACAGGUACUUGCAGUUGAGAAGGAGGGAGGGGGCUUUGUUUACAUUGGACAUCGGUUGGAGGAGGGGGCACAGAGGGGUCGAUCUGGCUCGCUUCAUUGCAUGUUGGAGCUGGAAAGCGGGAGUAGCUGACCUGUCGCAAGCUGCCGCUCUGUCAUUACCUGAAACCAGAAACUUUGACCACUUUGUGAGGGCGUCACUGGGCCUGUGUCGUUUCACCACGUCAGCCAGGGCAGUUCCACGGUUCUGCAAAACUUCCCAUCCCGAUUCCUUCCCAACUGCGACUUGAACGGUACCGCGGUACUUCCCUUGUUACCUAAGCUUGCAUGCCGAAGGAAAACGCGAAUCAGAAGCGUCCCCUCCAUUCCUUCCAACCAACAUGGAGCAGGUCCCCGUCCUGAAUGGCACCUGCCAUCUGCAUUCCCAAUUCGAUAUCAUCACAAGGAAGGAGCAGCAGUGGACAAUACCCAAAGCUGGAAGCUACCCCUGCCUCCCGUCUCCUUGCCUUCCAGGUUUUGCCUCAAGCUCCCCGAGCUUCCUCCCUCUUUCUUCUUCAAGUGCCUUCAUCCAAAUUGUCCUCCUUAGUUCUCGUCACCGUCGGCACUCACUCAUGCAACACAACCUCGCUACUUCUUGCCUGGGGCUCCUUCUCUUCCUCCAACACUCUCUUCAAGUUGUAAGACUUCCUUGCUAGUAGUCUACCUCCAGUCUCCAGUGGUGUUGCUGUUUCCAUUGUCGUACAACUCCCUUGUUUCUGCUCCUCCCAUUCUUCGCUAGACUAUCUUCACUUUGAGCCGCCAGCUACUUAGCGCCAUGAUAUCCACAGCUGUCUGACUGAUUGCCAUUCAGGCGUCGACAGCACUCACGACUUAACAUCCUCUCGAAAUCUUCUUCGUUACCUCGGUAGCCUUAACCACACAGGAAGGUCAACAUGGACAGAUACGCAGAGACCACUGUCACUACCGAGUACGAUUCUGUGGAUAGCGAUGUCAGCUAUCCCACCAAUGACCUUGAGUACCAUGCGCAUGAUCGUCAUGGUAGCCAUAGGAGGCGUCCCGAGGUAGCGAGAAGUGGAAGAAAGGCUUUCAAGGAGCCAAGUCCCCACAGAAGGAGGUCACCAAGGAGUAAGCUUCGUGGCAGAAUGCAUUGUGGCUGCGGUGCUGAAGCCGUGGUGGAACUGUCUGUCGACGACACUCUGGAUUCUGAGACCGAUUACGGCAUGGGAUUUAACCACGGGGACAGACACUCACGCUCUUAUGCAUGUCAUCACACGCCACAGGCCUCCACAACCACGGAAAGGCCAAGAAGAUCAAGAUCAAGAGAGGCGGAACCCCAAGUCAACAAAAAGGGUAGAGCCCCCAAGCGGACGGUGGAUCCAUACAUCGAAGAGUACCCGGAUGAGCCAAACCAACCAGUGACACCUGUACGGGAUUACAAGGCCCGCGAUCGACGGUUUUCGACAACUGACUCCAAGAGGUCUUCUCGGGACAUGGAAAAGCCAUCAUCAACAAUUUCCGCUCGUUCACGGGCUAGAACCAUCACCGACUCAACGAGGUUGUCACGAGAGAUGGAAGAACAUGUGGUACCUGUUUCAACUAGUCAUCAUCGUGGCCCUUCAAUCUCCGAAAUAAGAAGACUUACCCGAGAUAUGGAAGGACGCCCGCGUUCCCAUUCGAGGCAUCCUCAGCGCGGGACCUCAAGAUCGGACACACUGAGAAUAUCACGGGAACUGGAGGACCGUGGCGGCUCAACCGUGUCUAGUCGCUCCCGAGGCGGCUCUCUAAUGUCUGAUACAACAAGGUUCUCUCGAGAUUUCGAAGAUCGUGUGUCAUCUGUCUCGAGUCGUUACCAAACAGGUACCCCCGUUACCGAGAAGCGCCGACCAGAAGGCGGUUCAUCCGUGUCGUCCAGACGUUCGAGACAAAGUGCGAUGUCAACUGCCAUGCCUCAGGAUCAUCCGAGAAGGUAUUCUGAACUUGCUGAGCCACGCCACUUCGUCGAUCAUCUUUCGGAUUCUGAGCAGGAAAGCACAAUGUCGAGGCGUACUGAAUCCACCAUAGGCCGCUCGCGAUACGAAUCGUCAGCGAGAGAUGUACCCAAAAGUAUGGCUCGAAGGGGCUCAACGAGAGCUGGGCAGCGACCUUCACUCCAGUACUCGUCAACCUGGCCCAUGCGGGCACCAGCACUUCAACCAGAUGGCGACCAGUCCUCUCGUGGACGUAACUACGACAGCACGGAAGAUAGCGACUAUGACUUCAUCAACGACCCACGAUUUGAUCCCGUCACCCACCGGAUCAUUCGACCAAGCCCUCCACGUGCGCCUUCACCACCUCGCGCCCCUACCCCUCCUAAUCUAAGCUCUGACGCUGAGCCCGAGGUUGAUGAGUACCCAAGAUCACGGAAGUCUCGGGAGCCUAAGGAGUCCAGAGGCCCAAGGGUGAAGACAGUCCUCAGCAAGGCCAGCCUCAACGCCUUGAACAAUGAAGCUCGAACGUCCACUGCUACUGAUCUCUGUGAAGUAUGGAGAGCUCGUCCGGAGGACUGGGAGUCCCCUUAUUCUUCCCUCCACCUUGGAAGUGCGGGUGAUGUCAAACCAGAAUCUAACAACGAGCCGAUGAUGUUGGAACUCGAAAAUGUCGAGGGUGAAAAGCCUGGUAUGGCACUUGAACUUGCUUCGAAAUUUCCUCUAGCGAAAGAGGCUGAAACUGCCGGACGCGAGCCCGACUAUUCGCGUGGCUCAUCUCCCGUGUACGGCAGCCAAGAACCGCGGCCCAUGGCAGAUACGAUCAACGCAGAUCUGAUGGCUUUGAAUUUAUCUCCUACUACGCCUACGCAUUCUGGUCCACCUUCCAGACCGCCAUCGAGGUGGAGCACCACAGGAGCUUACGAGUUCCCGUUGACUCCACCUUCGAGAAGCAUGUCGCCAUUGUUCCACACUUGGAGGAACAGGGAUCGGUUGCCUUCCAAGCUCGACGAGAACGUGACAUCUGAUUAUGAGGGUUGGGGCAGCAGUAGGGAGCCGAGGAGUAUGUUGACUGCAGAUUAUCAAAGCAGUGUAGUCAGUGGGUGGUAGAAGGUUUUGACGCAUAUAUCGGCGCGUCGCCAAGACUACGAUCUUCAUGAAUGAGCUUUCCCUAGGAGUUUCAUCUGCAUUUGGAUAUCUAUUGCUGGUCCAAUCUGAAAUGUCAAACAGUCGUUGAUGGACGUUCGGUUGCAGAGGCACCGUACGUUACCUGCUCUGCAUUUCUAUUUGAAGUCGGUUACUCAUCGAUGAGACUGAAUGUUCUUGGUUUAUCAUCUCUCAGUAUGCUGUUAAGUUUUCGAUUGAUGCGUGUUUACAGAGGAAGUACUUGCGAGAUUAUAUUAUAUAACGACGUUCCUUCUUUCUGUUGUCCUUUUUCUCUUUUAUUUUUUAUUCCCCCCUAGUCAC